UGGUUUGACAUCAGUCGCCUGCCGUUUCUUGACCCAUGGAGUUUGGCGUGUGCGGCCUCGAUGUCACCUUGCCCAAGGAGGAGCUGCAGCUGCUCCAAGCCCCGCCGGGCUCGGCGGUGUCGCCGGUGGCCGCCUUUCAGCUGGCGUACCAGGGCUUCCCCUGGCGACCCACGGCCGCGUAUGACGCCACCUCGCCCCUUGCGGAGCGCAGGUAUCCGAAUGGGGAGACCUAUCCGGCGUGGCACGAGAUCGACGAGAUGAUCUUCGCCAUGCCCCCGAAGACCAAGCUUUCCUUCCACUUCAACGAGAGCAAGGAGUGCCCCUACGUGAGCUCCUUGCUCCAGGGAGAGCCAGAGGCGCUGCGCCUGGUGGAGCACCUCUGCGCGGAGUAUCGGGCGCGACAUCUGCAGAUCAACAUCUCGGCCUUCGGGGUGCCCCAAGAGCUGUUCGCCGGGGAGAAGAUGGAGAUGAGCGCGAAGCGAAUCGCCCAACUGGCGGAGCAGCACCCCAAGACGCUGUUCGUGGUGCCGGUGUUCCAACGCCCGGGGGAUCCGGGGCCGGUGGACUCCUGGCCCUUCAUGAGCAAAAUCCUGGAGUUCUCCAUGCGGUCUGGAAAGCCCGCGCCGAACUUGGUGGCCUUCUUUGACAACUCCAGUGGCCGGGGCCGGGCCCCGGACGCAGUGCCGGAGGUGCCGUCUUCGAGCGAUGCCAGCGGGUUCCAGCGGGUUGCCUCAAGUCUCUCAGAGCUUUGUUCUUUUGGGGGUGUUCUUGGUUUUGCUUGGGGAAUUGUUGACAUUUUGGGAGGUGCCAGAGAUGUAUCCCCGGAAUGUGGGCCAAAGCAUUGGCUUCACCGGUGGGAUCAACGCCUCCAACGUGAAGGAGUGGCUGUCCAGAUAUCACGCCCGAGCUGCGGAGCUGGGGUGUGCAUGUCUCUGCGACGCUCAGACGGGUUUUCGGCAAGGGAAGACGCGCGGCCAACCCAUCGACGCCGAGGAGUUUCGCAAGCUGCUGCAGGAGGUGUACGAGUGGGGGAAGGGCCUGCCGAUGGACAAGAGAACAGAAGCCUGAGGUGGUGCAAGUCUCAGAUACCCCGACCCAACGCAAUUUGCGCUGUGGUGAAUCCACACAAUUAGUCUCUGUUCUUUCGGCAGAGUCUGCUUGAUUGACGGGCAUGGUCAUGCGAGCAUACUGGCAAUUGGGGCCUCGGUGGCCUUUGCUGACCCCGGUCUCACCUCGGUCACCACCACUGCCAAUGCAGUGCGCA